UCAGUUCGGAUUUGUUCAUUCAGUUGUGUUUGCAGUUGACAUACUUCAGAAUGCAUGGAAAAAUGACGGCCACUUACGAAAGUGGAGCUUUGAGAAAAUUCAGAUUCGGUCGCGUCGACAACAUCCGCGCUUCCAGCCAAGAGGCUUUGGAUUUCUCAAAGUCCAUGUUAGAUCCUUCUCUGAGUCAGAAAGAAAAAUUUAUUAAGUUCCGGAAAGCUGUUAAAAAGCAAACCGAAAAUCACCUCUAUACAAUCAACGGAGAAGGACCGGAUAACCAUCUUCUGUGCUUAAAGGAAAUGGCUGCUCUGCACGGUUUACAAGAACCCGUACUUUAUCAUACAGAUUAUUACAAAGAGUUCCUGAAUUUCCGCUUAUCCACCAGUCAGUUUCCAACGACCUACGACAUCGUAGUUGGAUACGGUCCCGUAGUGCCCGACGGAUACAGAUGUUCGUACAAUCCACUGCACGAUCGUAUCGUCUUAUGCAUUUCUUCGUUCAAAAAUGACCUCUCCACCGACUCGGAGAAGUUUGCACAGAACCUGCAAUUAAGCUUGAUGGAGUUGAAGGAGCUUUGUGAGAAUCCGCCCCUGGCCUCAUUCCAUCGACCUAAUCCCUUACAAAUGGCGAAUUUCGAGAGAAAAACUACUACUUGCGGCUUUGCUGAUAUAGCCAAAGGGUAG